CAGAUGAAUACCGCCGCAAUAAAGCGUCCGUCGGACGCACUGGUUCCGGUAACGAAUGCAAAGAAAUCCCGCACCGAUAUCGUCGCGUACACGGCCAAAGACAAGCAGCUACUGGAACAGAAUGUUGAGCGAACAUCCGGUUUGUUGGGUCCUAUCAUGCUGCUGGAAGGUCAUGGUGGAGAGAUAUUCUCCACAGAAUUCCAUCCGGAAGGAGAGCAUCUCCUAUCGACCGGAUUUGAUCGUCAAAUUUUCCUAUGGAAAGUGUACGACGAGUGUGACAAUGUUGGUGUGCUGAGCGGACAUUCGGGCGCAGUAAUGGAAGCACAUUUCUCCCCGGACGGUUCCAACAUCUAUACCUGCUCCACCGACAAGGUGGUUGGCGUAUGGGACGUACCAACCUGCACCCGGAUACGCAAACUGAAAGGACACACCCACUUCGUGAACAGUUGCAGCGGUGCCCGCCGUGGACCAACACUAAUCGUGUCCGGUUCGGAUGAUUCGUCGAUCAAAAUUUGGGACGCCCGAAAACGGCACGUCGUCAGCACGUUGGACAAUGCGUACCAGGUGACGGCAGUUUGCUUUAACGAUACAGCCGAACAGGUAAUUUCCGGCGGAAUCGAUAAUGAGAUUAAGGUUUGGGAUGUACGCAAAAAGGAGAUUGUGUAUCGUUUGCGAGGUCAUGCGGAUACGGUAACGGGACUGUCGCUGUCGCCGGAUGGUUCGUACGUGCUGAGCAACUCCAUGGACAAUACGUUGCGCAUCUGGGACAUUCGCCCGUACGUGCCGGGCGAACGUUGUGUGAAGGUGUUUACGGGUCAUCAGCAUAAUUUUGAGAAGAAUCUACUGCGCUGUGCCUGGUCACCGGAUGGGCUGAAGAUAAGCGCAGGGUCAGCUGAUAGGUUUGUGUACAUUUGGGACACAACAUCGCGCCGGAUUCUGUACAAAUUACCGGGACAUAAUGGUAGCGUUAAUGAUAUCGAUUUUCAUCCCACGGAACCGAUCAUUGUGUCGGGUUCGAGCGAUAAAACACUGUAUCUAGGUGAGAUAGAAGCUUAA